ACAAAGAUGCCGCCCUGGAAGUUGUGAGUAGCGAAGAGGCGCUGGAGGUCGACCCCGCAGUGGAGCGCCGAGUCUUGAGGAAGAUUGAUUUGUUCUUCAUGCCGGCGAUGUUGGUGGGUGAGUGUACAUGAAGCUACAGAAGGGGGUGGACUGGGAGACUGAUCUUAGCAUAGGCUACGGAUUCGUGUACUGGGACAAGGCCAUUCUUGGUAGUGCCUCGUUGUUUGGCAUGACCACCGACUUGGCUCUCUCCGUUGUAGAUUACAGCACUUCGCCUCCAACCAAGAACACCUCGCGCCUCAGUUGGGCUACCUCCAUCUUCUACUUCGGUAUGAUGGCCGGUCUGUACCCGAUGACUCUGGUGUUGCAACGCUUCAAGAUCCAGCACGUGUUGGGCCCGAUUGUCAUGCUGUGGGCCAUCACCUGCGCCGCCACUGCCGGCGUCACCUCAUGGCGGGGUUUAUUCGUCCAGCGCUUCUUCCUUGGAUUCGUCGAGAGCGUGAUCCCCACCGGUUUCAUGACGGUCAUUAGCGGCUACUACACGCAGAAGGAGCAGACCCUGCGCCAGGCCAUCUGGUUCUCGGGGACGGGGUGGUUCACCAUCAUCGGGGGGGCGCUCAACUACGCCUUCGGCCAGAUCACCACCGGCGCACUUCGGCCGUGGCAAUACAUCUACAUCUUCGCCGGCGUUCUCACCUUUUUGUUUGGGAUCUGGUGCUGCAUCCUCCCCAACUCUCCAGUGUCGGCCUGGUUCCUGACCCCGGAGGAACGGGUGGUCGCCGUGGAGCGCCUCCGCCGUGGCCAAACAGGCGUGCGAUGCCAGACGAUCAAGAUGUCGCAAAUUGUGGAGGCGUUCACCGAUGUGAAGCUGUAUCUCAUCGCUAUCAUGAUGGCUGCUGCCUACACUAUCAACGGCGCCAUCUCCGGCUUCGGUCCCCUCAUCGUCAGCACCUUCGGGUACAACACCUUGGCUUCGAUCCUCUUCCAAUUCCCCGUUGGUGGCAUCUGUAUCAUCUUCAUCCCCCUCGUCGGCUACAUCCCCACCGUCCUCCCCAACACUCGCAUUUUCCUGCUGGUGACCUGCUGCCUCCCCGUCAUCGCCGGAUGCGUCAUGAUCUGGAAAUCCACCUGGGGCUAUCGCCCGGCCACCCCAGUGGUCGGCUACGCCCUGACCGGGUUCUUUGGCCCCGUGGUGAGUCUGAUUAUCACACUGGGUGCGAGCAAUGUGGCCGGUGCCACCAAGAAGACCAUCAUGGCCGCGACGGUGUUCGUCGCGUAUGCGGUGGGCAAUAUCAUCGGGCCACAACUGGUCAAGUCGCAGACGGUGGGGCAGCAUUACCCCGAGCUGUGGACGGGGAUGGUCAUCUGUUAUUGCAUUGUGAUUGCGACGGCGGGCAUCUUGUGGGUGGUGCUGUGGAGGGAGAAUCGGAGGAGGGAGGCGGCGGGGCUGGAUGAGGCAUUGAGGGAUAAGUUGGGAUUUCAGGAUCUGACGGAUCGGGAGAAUGGGUGGUUUCGGUAUGUUCUUUAGUUUUCUCCGUAUAGAGAGGGCUUGAUGGUGG